GCACGUCUCCCUGCUUUGUUUUUUUUUUGUCCUGAUUCAGUUUCGUUGUUGUUGUUGUUGUUGCGUCGAUGAUGAUAGAGCUUAGCCCUAAGAGAGGAGGAUCAUGAAGAAGAAGAAGUAGUACCUUACCUUGUCUACUACCUUCACCGAGAUAGAUAGAUAGAUAGAUAAGCUCGUGGACUUGGCUUAGAAUUGGUUUGUCACUUUCUUUCUUUCUUUCUUUGUUUCUGGUUUUGCCGAUUUUAGCAGGGGAGUGGGGUUGGAUCGUAGCCCGAUUGACGAGAGAUUGCGAUGGUUUGUGUGGUGGGGUUGAGGAUUGCUGGGGAGGAGGAGGAGAAGGAAUAGCAUCGUGCGUGAAUGAAUAUCUGUAGAUGAGGGAGACGCUCGUAGUGGUGGUGAGGAGAUUUGCACAGUGUUGAAUCCUUGUUUGCGUGAUCUCGCUUAGGCUACUCUGCACGCGGUAUUGGAAUUGUGUGUGUGUGUGAGAGAGAACUAGAGUAGUGUCUGCUUUUCGCGGGAGAGGGUGGGUUCAGAGAAUAAGGAACGACGGAACGGAAGUAGAAGUGGUAUUUUUGGCUCUGGCUUCGCAAUUUCUGAAGUGCCUGUCUCUGUCUUGCUCCAGAGUAUGGAUCUCUUACACUUGAAAUGCGGUGUUGUUAAAGACAAUUCUGUCUAUGAUCUUCGUGUACGCUUAGGCUUUCCUUUGUGCACAGUUUUGGAGAGUACGAAUACAACAGAGGGAGAUGUAGUCUUGGGGGUCGUUCUUGUUUAGAAUUUUGGAAGUUUAGUAUCUUUACGCCCCGCGAUUUUUGGUCGUGUUUUUUAUUUUUAUUUUAGUGAAGGUCUCGAGAGCGAGGACUGAGCACCUAUUCCAAAGAACGAAAACCUUGAAUGGAGUUCGCCUGUCUGGGUACGCUCUUAAAGACUGCCGGUAUUCCUGUGCAGGCUGCCUCUGCGCUUUGAACUGCGCGAUGUAGGUAAACCUCUUCCCGUGACGCACUUGGCUCAACACCGGCUUUGAGUGGGAGCAGGAGCGUAAUUUCUUGAAUCAAUAUUAGUUUAAGAGUCGAAAUGGUGAAAAGUAAGCGGCAGAAGAAAGCGAGGCGAGAAGAGAGGGCUUGGAGUACGUGGCUGUGGGGAGCAAAAGGAAACGCAGUUUGGGAUGAGAGUGGUCGCAUCGCAUUGCGGAUAGAUCAAGCUUUGCGAAAAAAUGCAAGAGCAGCUGCGGCUGAAGUCAGCCAGGUAGAGAGCGAGCAGUUUGCGUGGCAGGCAGGACGCUGGGGACAUCAACCUUGUUCGGCUCAAGCAGAUGGCGAAUUGUUGAAAGCCGCUCUUAUGUCUCUAGGAAACUUUUCCUUAAAUGAAAUUCAAGAAACUGAGAAGAGUUCUACUUCGGAAUCUGACUCAAGAAGCCAGAGUUCGGGAGAUGAGGCCGAGGGUAGGUCCGCAACGAAGAUCGAUAGUACCUCGGGAAAAUCCGGCAGUAGUCAUGAAACUCUUGGAUGUAGGGAAAUUCACGAGUGUCUAGAAUGUGGGCGGAGAGGUGGUUCAAUGGACGUAGAUAAUCAAAUUCCUUCACAUGGGAGUGUUUCAAAAUGUCAAUGUACAGUUUUGAAGCAGAUAUCAUAUCGACAGGAGCAUCAAGAAGAUCCAGUAUACAUUCCCAGAGGGCUGAUUAUGCGAGACUCAUGGCCAAUCUUUUCAUUUGGUACAGAAAGACCGAUCCACUGCAGCUGCCUUAGGAAUCUGGAGAAAGCUGGUGAAUUUGUAGAUGAUACUCGGAGGAAACGCCUCGGAAAUCUAUCCCCUGUUGAUAGAGUUUCAGAUGAUGUCUUAAUGCGCAUAUUUGCUAAGCUAUCGAGGAGGGAGGUCAUUGGUGUUUCGUCAGUUUGUCGAAGAUGGAGGGAUGUUGCAAGUUGUGAGCCUCUGUGGAGACACGUAGAGUUUGUAUCAGUGGCCGAAUCUCUUGGCGACAGAGAGCUUGGUCUUCUUGGAGAGAAGCGCCUGAAGCACACGACUGUGUUGUCCCUGGCUCUCUGCUGGCGUGUAUCCAGCCAAGGUUUCGGAUCUCUCAUCCAAUCUCAGUGCGGAAAACAGCUUCUUUGUCUGGAUCUUUCCUUCUGUGAUUUGGAUGACUAUGUGGUGAACAAGGUUGUUGAGAAUUGCUUUCUACUUCAAAGGCUUCGGUUAUUUGGAGGGCGAGAUUCUGUCAGCGGGCAAGCUUUAGCGGGACUAUCCAACUUGUCUCAAUUACGAGAACUGGAUCUUGGCCUUUGCGUUAAUGUUUCUCAACAUACCUUGAAGGAAAUUGGGAGAAAGCUGAAGCUACUAGUAAUUCUAUCUCUUGCUGGAUGCUCGCGUGUUACUGUGGAUAAUCUCAUGUACCUCUGCGGAUGUGUUUCUCUUGAGGCUUUGUGUCUUGUAGGUUGCAAGGCUAUUUACCCAAAUCAAGCUAGUGUGAUCGCGCAGGAGCUCAUUAAUGGCGGUUGCGUUCGGUUAGCUAUGGUUGAAGCUGGGAACCAACUUCCCAAUGCAGCUCCAUUUCCGGCUCGACCCCCACCUCCACCUCCGUUGCUCUACCCUGCACGGGGCGUGGACUUCAAGAUACCUGGUUCUCCCUCGGAUGAUAACACACUUCGUGAGUCUAAUGAGAAUGUUGGUACACGUGAAAAUCGCCCUGCCUUGGAUGACCAACAAAAUACUGAGAAAUCGCAAGACAAAGAUGAUACGCAUGGUAGGCGUACCGAAACUGAAAUGCAGCCACCAGUUGGGAGAUUGGAAGGGGAUACUCAGGCUGCAUAUGCAGCAGCAACUCAUCAGUUCCAGCAAGGCCAAAUGGAGCUUUCAGGUGGAAAUAUGGGUGCUGCCACACAUGCAUUUCGAGCUGCUUGUCACUUCAACCCUAGUGCUGCAGCUUACACGUUCAUGGCAUGGAUGCAACGACUUGCUGGUGCACACCGAAGUGAAUGUGUUCGUGAGUGUGCUCGUGCUAUAUUUCUUGACAAUGAUUAUGGAAAUCCUUGGAAUGAUGUGGCGUGUGAGUUAUGGGACGCUGGCGACAUUAGUCUUGCAGCCCGAUUUUUCCAGAGAGCUAAAGCAUGUUCCCGUUAUGAAGUAGGAGCUGGUCAUUUACCCUACCUGAAUCUGGCUAAACUACGAUUGAGUAAAAAUUCGAGUGGACUGGAUCGUGAUGGUUUGACUUUGGACAAGACAAUGCAUGACAUUCCUUGCAAGGAAGCUUUGCUUGAACUCUGUGCAGCUCUUAUUCGAGCUCCAGGAGAUGAAGUGGUGCAGCAAAUGGUGUUUCAUAUGCUUGAUGGUCUGAGACGAUGUGACAAAUCUUUUUUAACAACAAUCUGUGACCAGCAGCUGAAUGGUCCUGGUGGCAAGAGAGUUGUUUCAAGUUUCCGUGGACUACAUUUACUGAGGUAGAAUAGUUCUGUAUCUUCAUUACUUGCAGAAAAGCAGUGAUUGAAGACGUCGAAUUGAGUUGUGCAGUGCAGGUGGAACUAGCGUUGGUUUUGCAUUAUGAAAUUGUAGAGUUUAUUCUAGAGUGUGAUAUGCACUUGUUGAUAUGGGUUUUCUGAUCAUUCUGAUAAUUGUAUAUUGUGGUUCGACAUUACAAGUUAAUGUGUCACACAGUACUUUCUUUGAAUCUAGUUCAAUAUCAUCCAAUAUUA